GGAAAAGAAGGAGGAUACCCGGGUUAAUGUUUGAUUUCUGUCAAUGUGACAGCUUUUAGGAUUAUAAAUACACAUUAAUGGAUACUGUGGGUGGAUAGAUAAACGUGGAAAAGAUGCAGACAUACACCUGAGUGUUGCAUGUAAAAACCUGAGGAGGAGAUGAUACCAGAGCCCACAGCUGCAGCUGCAUCCAGGUCCUCAGAGCGGAAAAAAAACUCAAACAAUGAGUCGGAUUCAAAUGAGGCGAACUCCUCAGGAGCAGUCAAUCAUUCAGAGGAUGACUCAGGGAAUGAGAACAGACAGAAGAGUGUGAAGCGAAGGAGACGAGCGCAUAAAGCCUCGGAGAAUGUCAAGAGCAAAGGUACCAAAGCGAGCCGCAGCAGUGUUAGCAGAGCAGGAGGAAGUAACGAGAAACAUGUGGAGGCCGUCACACUGUUUGAGGUGGUCACUAUGGGCAAGAGCGCCAUGCAGGCUGUGAUCGAUGACUGGAUUGAGGCUUACAUGAUGGAUAGAGACUCUUCUCUCCUUGAUCUCAUCAGCUUCUUUAUCCAGUGCUGUGGGUGCAAAGGUGUGGUCACAGCAGAGAUGUGUCAGAACAAAGACGACACUGACGUCAUGAGUAAGAUGGUGGAGGAGCUUGAUGAGGUCGCAGGUCUGCAGUAUAAGAAGUUUCUGGCCUUUCCAUGGAUCCUCACCGUCACAUGGCCCAUGGAUACAGAUAGUGUUGAGUAUCCUCUGACACAGUCUGGACCAUAUGGACGCUGGUUUCACUCUGAGUUCUGUGACUUUGUGUCGGUGCUGGUGGCUCAGUGUCAGCACAGCGUCAUAUUCGACAGUUACCUGAUGAACACCGUCAUCUCGCUUCUUGCUGAGCUGUCCAACUCUUUUGUACGGGCCUUCAGACACACCUGCACGCUAGCUGCGGUGAAACUGCUGAGCUCUCUGGUGGGUGUUGCGUUAAGUCUGAGCGUUGGUAUUGAGAACAAUCAGAAGCUGUUUGAGGUGCAGAAGACGAAGACAAGACAGAGAAGCACGCUGCAGCUGGAGAGAAUACAGAAGAAGAUCGCAGAGCUUCAGGAGAAAAGGUCAGAGAUAGAGAGCAUGAUGGACAUCAUCUUUAAAGGAGUUUUCCUGAAAAGAUAUCGUGAUGUGCUUCCAGAAAUCCGUUCGAUCUGUAUGGAGGAGUUGGGUUUGUGGAUGAAGCUCUACAGUUCUGCUUUUCUAAAUGAUAGCUACCUCAAAUACAUGGGCUGGAUGAUGCAUGACAAGGUACCAGAUGUGCGUCUUAAGUGUGUUUUAGGUCUUCAGGGUUUGUAUGGAGAUCCAGUGCUGCUCCCUAAACUUGACCUGUUCACCAGCCGCUUCAAGGAGCGCAUGAUCUCUAUGACUUUGGAUAAAGACAAUGAAGUGGCAUUACAGACCAUGAAACUACUGGUCCUCAUCUCUAAGACCUCAGAUGAUGUUCUCAGCCUGGAAGACUACAAAAUGCUGCUCCAGUUUGUUUACUCAUCACAGCGCCCUCUAGCAGCCACUGCAGGGGAGCUUCUCUACUCAAGGCUACGCAACACUGCGUCCCCCACAUCUGAUACUCAGGAUGAAAUGAAUGAAGAUGAGGCACAAAAACAACAAACAUUUUCCACACUGAAGGCUCUGCUGCAGUUCUACCAAGAGUCCCAGCUGCACAAGCAUGUGGUGUACCUGGUGGACAGUCUGUGGGACUGUGCUGGAUCUUUACUGAAGGACUGGCCUGCUCUCACAUCUGUACUGCUGCAGGAGCCACCCUCAAACAUUCAGGGUCUCACUCAUGAAGAGAAAGCAGUGCUUGGAGAGAUCUUAGUCGCAUCGGUACGUCAGGCUUCAGAAGGACCGGUGCUGGCAGGAAGGAGUGGAGCCAAGAAGGUCAUGAGUGCCAGAGAAAAGAAAGUUCAAAUUGAAGACUGCACAAAACUCACUGAACAUCUUAUCGUGGUGCUUCCUACCUUACUCUCAAAGUUCUCAGAUAGUCCUGACAUCAUUGCCUCCCUGAUGAAGAUUCCUCAGUUCUUCAUCCCAGAGUGUCCUGAAGCUGGAAAUACACAGGCAGUGUCGAACCUGCUGGCAGAGAUUAAAGCUGUUCUGGACCGUCACUCAGGCCCCGCUGUCCUUGAGGCUGCAGCUCGGACAUUCCUCAGUCUGUGUGGAGGAGAGACGACGUACUGCUCCGCCACUCAGACCGCUAGAUCCUCUCUGAUCCAGAGCUGGGUCGAUAAACUGACGACUGUGCUGCAGGAAUCACUCAAGGGUGACAGUUUCACUGCUGAUGAGGGAAACACUGGAGAACUUUUAGUAACACUGAAGAAACUCAGAACUUUCCACAACUGUCAUGACCUCUCCACAUGGAACCUGUUUGAGCUACUAUCUCCUCUCCUGUUGGUACAGAGUGAUCAGGGAGUACCGCCACCAGAGGUGCUGCUGGAGGUGCUGCAGUGUUUGUGCUUCUCCUUGAUCUGGUCUCUCAACAUGAGUGGUGAAACUUUGACCUCCAGAGAGAAAGCUGUGACCCAGAGGCAGCACCUCCGUCUCUUCUGUGAGCGUGGUCAUCAUUUUCUAUCUCACUCUGACCACAGUGUGCGGCAGCAGGCUUUUCUUGGUGUGUGUGACGUCCUGACGGCUCAUUCAUACCAGCUCCACAUAUGGAAUCCAACCUCUUUUGGUCCGCUGCUCUACACUCCCAGUCCCAAACUGCAGAGGGCGCUGUUGACCUUUGUUUGCCAGCACGUCUUUGUCGGACCAGAGAGUGACAGCCAAAGCAGCGUGAGUGAAAACUCAGAAGAGGAGAGGCUGGAGGACCUGCACAGACGGAGGAAUCUGCUCGCGGCCUUCUGUAAACUCAUUGUGCAUGGAGUGCUGGAGAUGAGCAUGGCGGCUGAAGUGUUCACGUACUACAUGAAGUACUACAACGACUUUGGAGACAUCAUCAAGGAGACGAUGUACCGGACCAGGCAGACAGAUAGGAUAGAGAGUGCUCGUACUCUGGUGCUGUGUCUGCAGCAGCUGUUUCUUCGCCUGAAGCGAGAGCAGGAAAGCGGCGGCAGGCCUCACCCAGGAGUCCAGACCUUCACGAGCAUCAAAGAGCUCGCCAGGCGCUUCGCCCUUACCUUUGGGGACCUCGUCAAGUUUCGUGAGUGCGUCGUCAUGAUCCACAGGAAUGGGAUUGAGUUUGUGUUCCAAGAGUUUAGUCAGACUCCAGAAACACCUACGCCGCUUUACCUCUCCUACCUGACCAUCCUCAGUGAAUUCUCCAGCAAGCUGCUGAAACCAGACAAGAAAACAGUAUUCUCCUACCUGCAGAAGCACACCACAGAGCACGUUAUUGACCUCAGGGAGGAGUGCUGGCAGCCUCUUAUCUACUAUCGAGCAUCCCUAUUGGCUGCAGGAGAAGGGGAGGAUGCUGUGUCCCAUGCUAGCUCUGAUAGGAGGCAGCACGUGCCCAGUCGCUCUCCUUUUUUCAAACAGAAACUAGAAGGUCGCAAAUCCCCCUGCCUGCUCCCCCCUACUGACUCCAAAGGUAGUCGAGGACAAAGAUCCAACUUCAGUCCAAGCCGCCAUGAAAAGACAACAGAUGUGGAUCCCUUUUCUGUGCCUGUGGAACCUCCUACUAAAUGGUUAAACAUGGAGGGAUCUAUCCUCAGCAUCAACAAUGAGCCGGUUGACGACACUGUGGAAGUGGAGCUGUAACUAGUAGGAGUGUGGGAGGGGAUUGGUGCUUUUAUUUGGGCCUAAACAGAUAUAGGAAACUUUGGUUAUUAUUGUCAGUUUAUCCUGUCUAUACAGUUGUUGAAAUGCAGUACUUUAAAAAGUCUAUGAGGAUGUUCUGUUACAGCAAGUCUCUCUGUCUGUCCAUGUUUUGUCCGAUUUUUGUUACACUAUAUGUCUGAUGAUUGUUGGUGAAUUUCAAGGAAACGAGGUAGUGAAGUGCCAAAUUUGGUGUAAUUUGUUUAAAAGAAUGUAAAAUGUGGAUUUUACCUUUUGGAGCUCAAGUCUUGGAACAUUUCAGAUAUUUUCCUCUUGGAUGUUAUAGAUCCAUUUGAAACUAUCCAACAGAAGCUGUGCCCAUUUUUGUCUAGAUUGUGUCCAUCAUUUGAGUUCUGUCUAAAUGUCAUUUAAUAUUGCUCAACACUAGAAUUUUGAGUCAAUACAUCCAAAUGUGACAGAGAGCAUGCUUGGACCAAGUGGUAAAAAGGAUUUUUCUUCAUAUUAUUGAUAUUCAAUUAAAUUAAAUUUUGCUACAACUGACCAACAAGGUUAGGUCAAAUGCUUAGCGCAGCAUUUAAAUUACAGAAACUGUCAUAUCACAUGACUUCUCCAAGCUUUCUGUGACCAAGUUUGGUCGAUAUUUAUUUAUUAUUUAAAAAAUCCUUAUUUUUUAGGAUGCACUUUUCUCAACUCAUGUUAUGAAGUGCUUUACAAGGUGAAACAAGACACAAAAAGAAGAAAAUUAAGGUAAAAUAAAGGAAAUCAUUUAAAUCAAUGAAUGAACAAACAGGACAGUAAGUUAAAAAAAAAACAGUUUUUGUGUCUUAAUGAUCAUAAAGCAUGUCUCAGAAACAAAAUAAGAUAUUUAACCAUACUAAGUUCUGUUUCCAUCAAUUUAUUUGGUUCUCUGCCUACCUAAUUUAAGCAAUUCCUUCAAAUUAACCCUGUGAAAAGCAACUUGGGGUACUAAGUUGCUUUAAUGACUGAUAAACAAGGUGGUUGUACUUAAGUCUGUAAUUCUCUUAUUGACAAGUUCCAUCCCAGACCAAACCAAUAAUAUGUUGAUUUCAAUUUCAUUCCUCUUUUUUAUAUGUCAGGCCAAUACCUGGUAUACAGUGGAGGUUUUCACCAAAAGUUAGGAUUUUUUGAUAAUUACAGCCCAUUUUAAAAGGGUACAAUCUCCCUUUUUUUGUGACUGAUGGUAUAGAAAAAUACAGAUAUUUUUUCAUGUGUUUAUACACAUGCUGCUGCUUGCAGAAGAAACAUAGCAUUGUCUAAAAGGCACAAAUACUUAGAAAAUGCUGUAAGCAGUUUAGACCAUAUGCAGGACUUAGCCUGCUGUUUUGGUAAUUACAAAGAAGAAAUUACCCAAUAUUGGGUUGAAUUGAAACAAGUAUUACCAUUAGCUGAUUUUGACUAGAAUCAAAGUUUAAACUUCACAGUGAACUUCAUUUAUUUGUGCCACAAAUCUUUUAUGUUUACUGUGUAUAUUAGAAAAAACAUCAGUGACCCCACUAUUACACAUGGUAUUUUGUCAUAUUAUCAAGGAGAUAUGCUGUUUUUAAUUAGAAUCACUCCUAAAUUUAUGGUCCAGCUGCCUUAAAUACCGACCAGCUCACAAACUUUGUAUUCAUAUGUAGCAAGUAAAAGUAUCCAGCAUAGGCACUUUCUACUCUUGUUGAGGUAAUAUUUAUAAAUUUAAAAGGAACUUAAAUUAUUUAUUUAAAAAAGGGAACAACAAAUUUGAAAUCUUUUAUUAAGAUUUAACCAAUUGGGUGGAUUAAGAUGUUUUUGGGGUAAAUUUAGGUAGAAAAUUUGGGAAAAUUGAGUCUCCUCUUAAGAUUUAUUAACAGUCGAGAAGCUAUUGAAACAAAACACUGCCUUUACAGUGAGAAUAAGGUUAUUUUUAUUUUAUUCUCAGACUCUCUUUUGUUGUGUAUCUGUAUGUGUAAACAUUAGUCAUCUGCAGACACUCCUUUGCUGUACUUAAGUUACCUGUAUAUAUUGUUUUCACAUCACUCUUUUUCACUCCUGUUUUUCUGAGACCAUGUUAGAAAUGUAGCUCUGCCUGCCACUUUA